ACACAAAAUAAUCAUACUUUAAAAUAUGUUUUAACUGCAGAAGAUGCUGGUAAAAAAGGUGUUCGGAAAACAUUACAAGCUAGAACCUUGGAAUAUAUUUCACAGAUUCGUGACUUUUACAUGGCACCAGUUGUUCGUUUUGUGUAUAAUACUAUUUCAUACAUCACAUUUCUCAUCUUAUUCAGUUAUUUAUUAUUAGUUGAUUUUCGAAUCAAUAUCACAGUUGUUGAAUAUGUUGUUAUUGCUUGGGUAAUUACAUUAUUUAUAGAAGAAAUUAAACAGAUUGCAUGGGCUGUAUUAUCUGGUAUCAGUUUUAGAACUUAUAUAUCUGAUGGAUGGAAUAAAUUAGAUUGUGCUGGUUUAGCAUUAUAUAUUGUUGGUUUUAUAUUAAGAUUAAUUGUAUUAUUACGAUUACGUAAUCAUGAAGGAGAGAAUUUUAAUAUACAAUAUGAACGUUAUUAUAUUGUGACAGAUCCGAUAUUAGAUCCAUCACGUAUAUGUCUUGCAAUUAGUUUAUUCACAUUCUAUAUACGUUUAAUGUAUACAUUUAGUUUUCAUAUUGCAUUAGGACCAAAAUUAAUUAUGAUUGGUAAAAUGGUGACCAAUGAUUUAAUUCCAUUUAUGAUUAUUUUAACUGUGAUUAUGGUUGGUUAUGCAGUGGCUGCACAAUCAAUCGCCUAUCCAAAUGGUUUAUUUACCAAAGAGAAUAUGACAUUAAAUUCUGAAAUUAAACAUAUGACAUUUGCUGAUAUUAUAUUUUCAAUGUAUACAACUGCAUAUUUUCAAAUGUUUGGUGAUUUUAGUUUAGAUGCAUUACAAGGAGAAGAUCGAACAUGUCAAAAUCAUAUGUGCCCUACGAAAACAUCACGUUGGCUUGUACCUAUUAUGCUUGGAUUCUAUGUGUUAUUAACUAAUAUACUGAUGUUCAACUUACUUAUUGCCAUGUUUUCUAAAACCUACGAAGAAAUAGAGAGUGCAUCAACAUACUAUUGGAAUUAUCAAAGAUAUCAAAUGAUCAAUGAUUAUGUUCAUAGAUCACCACUUGCUCCACCAAUUAUUAUUGUUUGGCAUUUCUAUGAAGCAUAUAAAGCUAUUGGAAAUCAAUGCGCAAGUUUAAGAAAUGCUGAAACAGCAAAAUAUAAUCCAUUUUGUGUACGAUUUACCGAUGUGAAAAAAGAAAGGGAAAUGGUCAAAUGGGAGCAUAUGAAAGCUAUGGAUUAUUUAAGAGAACCAUCAACUAAAGCAACUGGGAAAAGAGGUGUAGCUGAAUCACGUGCUGUGGUAUUUCGUGGUGGUGGAGGUGUUGGUCCUGGUCAAGGACCAGUAAUGGAUUUAAAAAGUGAAAUGUCCAGUGUUACAGAGGGUAUUGGAAUGGAGUUAGAAAAACGUUUCAAAGAGAUUGAUAAUCAAUUUCAACGUUUUAAUGAUGUUGAUUCACGUUUGAAUGAUGUAACACAAUUAUUAACAAAUUUAUCUGAAGUAAUCAGUAAUGUGACUGAAACACAACAACGAAUUAUUCGACAAAUAAAUGAACUUCCUACUUGUCAAUGUAAUGAAUUCACUGAUGAGGUUGUUCCUGUACAAAAAUCCACUACAACUCAAGCUGAUUCAGGAACAGCAGAAACUAGAAAACGUACAAAACUAGAAGUAGCUAUUCAAUCUGCAUUAGAAGCAGCUAAAGAUGUACUACGACCACCAACACCACCACCACCACCGCCACCACCUCCUCCACCCCCAAGG